AUGCAGGACUUAUUAACGACUACGCCGCUGGUGAAAUUUAUCGCAGUAAAGAAGACAAAAAGAGAGUUCAACCGCUUCCAAAGCGACCAGUUCAAGAGACUGAGCAAGUCCUGGAGAAGGCCAAGAGGUAUUGACAACAAAGUAAGAAGAAGAGUGAAGGGAACUAUGGUUAUGCCCACAGUUGGUUUCAAAGCAGACAAGCUUGUUAGACACCUUCUGCCAAACGGCUUCAAGAAAGUGAUCAUUUACAACAUAAAGGACCUUGACGCGCUGGUUUCGCUGAACAGAGUGUACUGCGGAGAAAUUGCCCACGCCAUUGGAGCCAAGAAGAGAAUAGACAUCAUAAAGAGAGCGGCUGAUUUGGGAGUAGUUUUAACAAACGGAUCGGCCAAGGUGACUGUUCAGAAGCUCGACUAG